UAAUAGAAAAAUGGGUCAUAGCCCAAUAUGUCACCCAUCAUAACAAUUGUUUGAGGAAUUUCAAUAAAAUGCGUUUUACUUUAUGCUAACAUCACGGAUUACUUAUACAACGGCGCUUCCAAAGGUUGGACUGGACUAAUGAACCUCGCAAGCCAAGCUGGGGACGAUCAGUCCGACCUUCUUUUCGUUAACUUUAACCAGGAUUGCACGUCAGUUGCUGUUGGAACGAAAACUGGAUACAAACUGUUUUCACUUAGUUCAGUUGAAAAGCUUGACCAGAUUUAUGAUAAUGCAUGUGAGGACAUUUGCACUGUUGAGCGUCUGUUCUCAAGCAGCCUGGUGGCCAUUGUCAGCCUCUCCUCACCCAGGAAACUCAAGGUCUGUCACUUCAAGAAGGGCACAGAGAUCUGUAACUACAGCUACUCCAACUCCAUACUCGCCGUGAAAUUGAACAGACAAAGAUUGAUAGUAUGUUUGGAGGAGAGCCUUUACAUCCACAACAUCCGGGACAUGAAGGUGCUACACACAAUCAGGGACACGCCCCCCAACCCCAACGGCUUGUGUGCACUCUCAAUCAGCAAUGACAACAGCUUUUUGGCAUACCCCGGCAGUAACACCAUUGGAGAGGUCCAGAUAUUUGACACCAUAAACCUGCGUGCUGUGGCAAUGAUCCCUGCCCACGAUAAUCCUCUCGCUGCCAUUGCUUUCAAUGCUCAAGGAACCAAGAUAGCUACUGCUUCAGAAAAAGGAACUGUGAUACGAGUGUUUUCAAUACCAGAUGGACAGAAGAUGUUUGAAUUCAGACGAGGAAUGAAACGAUGUGUACAUAUAUAUGCCUUAGCAUUUAGUUCAGAUUCUACGUACUUGUGUGCAUCCAGUAAUACCGAGACUGUCCAUGUAUUUAAACUUGAAACCCAAAAGGAGAGUGGGAAGUCCCAGGAGGAACAGUCCAGUUGGAUGGGAUAUUUCUCGAAGGCCCUGAAGGACUCCGCCACAUACCUCCCAAGCCCCGUCACUGAUAUGUUCAACCAGGGCCGGGCAUUCGCAAUCUGUAAACUACCCUCACAGGGCCUCAAAAACGUCUGUGCAAUAGCUAGCAUCCAGAAAGUUCCUCGCUUACUGGUAGCGUCCGCGGAUGGCUACCUGUACAUCUACAACCUCGACCCCAAUGAUGGCGGGGAGUGCAUGCUCCUCAGACAACAUAGUCUGGAUGGUCGCAUGUCGGAGGGUGGAACAGUGUCAGAGCCGCCAAGUGUCUCUGGUGACCGACCUCUCACCCAAGUGUCAAACCCUGUCAGCUACGCAGGCUUAGUAAGGAGGCCAGACUCCAGCACAGAGAACACCCCUCCCCCGCAACACACAGACUCACAGCCAUUCCAGGAGUUUGAGCAAGGGGCCAUGGGACAUGAUGUAGUAGGUACUGCUGGCUUGAAUGCCCUCCGGCUUGAUGAUGACAAUGAGUUCCCCCCUAUGACUCACAAGGUGGACUAGUCUACUCUUCCUAAAAUAACCAGAUGGACUGUUCCAGCCUGUGGGACAGGCUAUGAUACCAAUGGACUUGCCUAACAUGGACUGGAGGUGGGGGGAGGGGUCAGAGAGCAGGGUGUCAGAGAGGAAUGUCAGCCAGCGGUGAUACUACCUAAUGUGAUUACAGUUCUCUUUAGUGAUUGUUUACUCUUAAAUAUUGUUGAUGUAUUAAUUAACUAACAACAAAUGUAAAUUUGAAACUAGUUAAAAAAAAAACGUUUAAAAGUGGAACGAAAAAUACUAAAUCAGUAAAAUAUGUCAGUUCAAAGGACUUCAAACUUUUUGCCUUAAGCUUAUUUAUAGUAAAGUGUACGUCAAUUUAAUGAAAAUGUUUCUUCAAAGGAUUUCCAGCAUUAUAUUUUUUAGAUAAUUUUGAAAGAUUGGGUUAAUUUCUAUUGGAUAGUUGUUGAAAUAGUCAUGAUUGUUUUCAUCAGAAUACUUGACCAUUAUUAUAAGCAGCUUUGGUUGUUUGUUUAAGGUUAAAGUAAGGUCCAUUCUCAUAGUGGUUAGGGUGUUCCAACGUUAAAGGUUAAGGUGAUAUAGGUGCUUGAUAAUAAUUAAUUGAUGCAUUAUUAAUUUUUAUUUCGUAGAGUUUUCUUGCAAAGCAAAACCUAGUCUAUUUUAAACUUUUUUAUGUGUGAAAAUUGUGUAGACAGAAUAGGGAAAAUAUGGCAGUUGUUGAAAUGUAUGUGUAUCUGAUGUUUAAGUUAUUCAAUUGUAAUAUCUAAAGAUCUCUGGUCACUUCGAUGUUGUAUUGCAUUCUAUACCCUGUUGUUCUUAAAGUAUAUUACAUAAUCUUUUAAUAUUUUCAUCGUAAUUCAAAUAAUUAUUUUCAUCAAAAUAGUUUUUUUAUUCAUAUUAUUUUUACACAGAUAAAAAAAAAAAUGUUUUCUGUAGCUGCUUGAGAUUAAAAAAAAAUAAUUGAUUGAUGGCAUUGAUCAGAAACCAAGAGGUGGUCAACAUUGCAUUUCUGUGUUGUUAACAUUUAUUGUAGCUUUACUGUGAUACUUUUGUAUGCGUCUAGCAGAACUCUGUAAACAAAAACGACAGAAUUCAAGGUGAUGGGGAUACAAUAUAAGAACUACUGACAGGUAUUUAUGCCAAUAUGUCGCCUUGGGAGUAAUGUAAUGUCAAUGAGUUUUGGACGCAAGGUUGUCUUUAACUGUAUGUCCAUGAAAAACGAAAUGGCAGAACUAAGAAUGACAGUGUUUCGAAAUUGUAUCAAGUGUGAAAGAACUAGCUCAUACAACCAAUCUACAUAUAUAAUUGUAUAAAGAUUAAACAUGAUGUACAAUAUCUGAUAAAUAUUUAGAAGUCUGAAGUAAGGGGUAUGGAUAAAUUAUUAUGGUAUCUACAUGUAUUUCAUUAAAUGAACAGAAUAUAACUCUGCACAAGAUGUUAUUGGUAUAUGAGCAACUACAGGUUUUUUAAUUGGUUUGUCUGUUACUGUCUUUAAUGUAAAGGUUGUUUUUCCUAAAACCCUUGUCUUAGUUUGUGUGUGACUGGAGGUGGAUGCUAUUUUGACUGUAGUGUAUGGAUUUCAACAGUCCCUACAUGUAUAUCUGCAUUGUUGUUGUUGCUGCAAUUUGACCAUUUUAUAUCAUUCAUAAACAAAACGCA